AUGCGGGGGAAGGAUAAUGUUUUCGAGGAGGAGUUGUAUGAGGGCACAGCAAAGUCGAUGGAGGGUGUGCUAGCAGAUGAAUGUUAUGAGCAGACAAAGAUUGAGGGGGGCAAGGUUGAGGUUGUGUGGCAGGAUAGGGAUUCAAGUGCAGCCAAGUCCAUCAGUCUGCAUUAUCCUGCUGGUAAGGUAUAUAAAUGUGGAGGACAUGUGGGGAGAGCUCAUAGCAAUAACUUGAGAGAGGCUGCUAAGAAGAAGGAGUUUUCAGAGGAUAUGAAAUCCAAAUACAAAGCAAAAUUUCCUGAAAUUGAAACUGCAAAGUGCAAAUGCAAACGACACAGGGCUGGUUGUGGCUGCAUAUCCGAUUCAUUUAUCAAAGGUGCCCGUAUAAACCAUUUUUGCUGCCUGCAACAGCGUACUAAUCCUGAUGAUUAUGCACAGCGCGUCAGGGUCCUCUCAAAGUACCAUGUGUGGGACAUCCAUGACUGGGACGAAGGCGGCUCCCGUAACUUUCAUCCAGCAAGAACUUGCAGUUGCAAGAAAUGUGAAGAAGAUCAAGUUGAAUGCACUGGGGAGCCAUACAAGACCAAAACACCACUCAAGUGUGAUUUUUAUCGGCUUGCAUACAGAAUAGAGUGCGAAAGAAGAGCAGACGAGGCUGACAGUGUUAUUCAUCCUGAAAUGGGUUGAGGCCAUUUGAACCUCUGUGAGGCAAGCUUCACAGUUCGUCCCCAGUUCCGGCUAAAAGCCAGAGCCUCUGCAGGNAUGUGGGGAGAGCUCAUAGCAAUAACUUGAGAGAGGCUGCUAAGAAGAAGGAGUUUUCAGAGGAUAUGAAAUCCAAAUACAAAGCAAAAUUUCCUGAAAUUGAAACUGCAAAGUGCAAAUGCAAACGACACCGGGCUGGUUGUGGCUGAAUAUCCGAUUCAUUUAUCAAAGGUGCCCGUAUAAACCAUUUUUGCUGCCUGCAACAGUGUACUAAUCCUGAUGAUUAUGCACAGCGCGUCAGGGUCCUCUCAAAGUGCCAUGUGCGGGACAUCCAUGACUGGGACGAAGGCGGCUCCUGUAACUUUCAUCCAGCAAGAACUUGCAGUUGCAAGAAAUGUGAAGAAGAUCAAGUUGAAUGCACUGGGGAGCCAUACAAGACCAAAACACCACUCAAGUGUGAUUUUCAUUGGCUUGCAUACAGAAUAGAGUGCGAAAGAAGAGCAGACGAGGCUGACAGUGUUAUUCAUCCUGAAAUGGGUUGA